AUGGAGGCAAAGACAAUGCUGGAGACUUUGGGCAGUGCCAGAACGGUCCAGUACGCCCAGCUUCUGGUGGAUCUAUUCACGACUACCGGACAGGAAGAGUUCCUCUUCUCUGCAAAGGAGCUCUUCGACAGCCUCGAGGCCACCAGCCAUGAGGAUUACCCCCGCGUCCUGAAGCACUUGGGUUCUCUGAAGCUUGCCGGCGGCGACCCUGUGGGGGCUAUGGAGUACUACGAGCUGGCCGCCGAUUCUUACCAAGAGCUGAAGAUGGAACGAAGCCCGGGCUUCGCGGACCUCCUGACCAACCUCGGGAAGGCAGAAAUGGAAUGCGCGAGCCGAGACAAAGCUCGCGAGGCCUAUGAGGCCUCGAAGCACAUCUACGGAGUCAUCGGCGUCACUGAAAGUCCUGGAUAUGCAGACCUUUUGGUCAACUUGGGCAUGUUGCACAAGGAAGAAGAUCGCAUCUCAGAGGCGCUGGCAGAGUUCAAAGCCGCUGCUGCGAUUUACGCAACCAGCAGCCCCGGUGGAACCGCUCUUCCGGAGCUUUGGGCACAAAUCGGCAGUUGCCACGAGAAGCGCGGUGCCUUCGACGUUGCUUCGGAGGCCUACGAAGUGGCGAGGGUCUU